GACUUGAGAUAUUUGAGAGCAACGUUGGGUGGGAGUUCAACAUGUUUUGCUCCCCAUCUCGAGUCUCAAAUUCUUAAUGGCGAGCUCUUUCUCCUACUCUUCCAUCACUCCUCGUCUAAAUUCCCACCAUCGCCCCAUCAUUUUCCCGGCAAAUCAUCAUGGGAAAAUCAAUAUAAUUCGUUGUAACGGGAAGAAUCCAUCUUCCAAUUCACCCACCAGACAAGAAUCCGAACCCGAGAAUGCCGUUCUGAAGCUAGCUUGGUACGGCUCUGAACUUCUUGGAAUCGCCGCUUCAUUUUUCCGUUCACCUUCAACUACUGAAGCUCCCCAAAGGGAACUCAAGCUCGGUGCUGAUGAAUUAGGAAGCAUUGAUCGUGCCAUGGUUGUGGAAACUAUCAAAGAGGAUUUCCAAAGAUCCUAUUUCGUUACAGGAAAUCUCACACUCAAUGCAUACGAGGAGGAUUGUGAAUUUGCCGAUCCAGCUGGUUCAUUUAGAGGACUUACACGUUUCAAGAGAAACUGUACAAAUUUCGGAUUACUUAUUGAGAAGUCGAAUAUGAAUCUUACAAAGUGGGAAGAUUUUGAGGACAAGGGAAUUGGGCAUUGGCGUUUUAGCUGUAUCAUGUCAUUUCCUUGGAGGCCUAUUCUCUCUGCUAUAUUGCAGCUACUGGGUAUACAGAGUACUAUUUUGAUGCACAAUCUGGAAGAGUAUGCAGGCAUGUAGAACACUGGAAUGUUCCCAAAAUGGCACUUCUAAAGCAGCUUCUAAAACCCAGCCAGGGAUCUUGGUUUGGUAAAAGAAACUCCUCAUGAAGAAUACAUGAACCUUUUCACUAGGAAAAAUAUAUAUGCAUUUAAUGAAAAUCAUAGUAAGGAUUGUGAAGGUUAGUGAGAGUUUUGGAUUCCUUUUGAGUGUUCAGAUGCAUGGUAACUAGUGAUAUUAACAACUUCCAAUCUUGAUGUAUGUAAUUUUUCGCAACACCCGCUAGCUAAAUCUAAAAAAAAAAAAGCAAAAAAAAAAAAAAAAAAACUGUUCAUAUCAUAAUCCACGUUUCAUGAGAUAGCUGAGUUUAAUUGUCUUCGGUUUUUUGUCAUGGCCCAAACAUGAGUAGCUUUUAGACUUUACAUGAUUAAAAUUUUAAAUUUCCCUUGACCAAUAA